AUGGCAGCCCUCGCUUCGACCCUGUCCGUUUCCUCGCGCCUGGCGAUGCCGUCCGCGGCGAUGACGGCGAGCAGCAGCAAGCUGAGCGCCGCGAGCUCGUUCGCGCCGAGCGUGAAGUACAGCUUCGGGUGCUCCGCGCCGAGCAGCCGCGUGGUGAUGGCGGCGGCCGCCGCCGGGAAGGACAAGCCGAGGGACGGCUCCAAGGAGCCCGCGCAGGAGACGCUGCUCACGCCGCGCUUCUACACCACCGACUUCGACGAGAUGGAAGCGCUGUUCAACCGCGAGAUCAACCCGUACGUGAACCAGGCGGAGUUCGACGCGUGUCUGGAGGAGUUCCGCGCGGACUACAACCAGACGCACUUCGUGCGCUCGCCCGACUUCAAGGAGGCGGCCGACAAGAUCCAGGGCCGCGCGCGCGAGAUCUUCGUGGAGUUCCUCGAGCGCUCCUGCACCGCCGAGUUCUCCGGCUUCCUGCUCUACAAGGAGCUGGGCCGCCGCCUCAAGAAGACCAACCCGUGCAUUGCGGAGAUCUUCACGCUCAUUGCGCUCUCGGGGACCCGCGCGGCCUGCCCUCCCGUCGCCCGUCGAGGCGACCUCGGGGACCCGCGCGGCCUCCCCUCCCGUCGCCCGUCGAGGCGACCUUGGGGGCCCGCGCGGCCUCCCCACCAGUCGUCCGUCGUGGCGACCACGGGGGCCGCGCGCGGUCCCCUCCCGUCGCCCGUCGAGGCGACUUCGGGGGCCGCGCUGUCGGACUUCAACCUAUCGCUGGACCUGGGGUUCCUGACCAAGGCGCGCAAGUACACCUUCUUCAAGCCGCAGUACAUCCUCUACGCCACCUUCCUCUCGGAGAAGAUCGGCUACUGGCGCUAUAUCACCAUCUGCCGCCACCUCACGGCGCACCCCGAGUUCUCGUGCUACCCCAUCUUCGGCAAGUUCGAGAACUGGUGCCAGGACGAGAACCGGCACGGCGACUUCAUCACGGCCAUGCUCAAGUGCUACCCCAAGUUCCUGACGGCGUGGGACUCGAAGCUGUGGGCGCGCUUCUUCUGCCUCUCCGUGUACGUGACCAUGUAUCUCAACGACCACCAGCGCGCCGCCUUCUACCGCAACCUGGGGCUGGACGUGAAGCAGUUCGACCUGCACGUGAUCAAGGAGACGAACCGCACGUCGGCGCGCAUCUUCCCCGCCGUGCUCGACGUCGACAACCCCGAGUUCGAGCGCAAGCUGAACCACCUCGUGCGCCUCCACGAGAGCAUUAUUGCUGUCGACGCGAACGAGGCCGCGCCCGAGCUGCUGCGGCGCGUGCAGAAGCUGCCGCUGCAGGCGGCGUUUGUGGGCAAGCUGCUCGCCAUGUACCUCAUGCGCCCCGUCGACGCGGGCUCCGUCGAGUUCGAUCAGGAGGAGACGCGCAUCGUGUAUUGA